CGCAUUUAGCAAGUCGCUCAUACGAAUAUGACAACAUUUAUAUUAUGUCGUAGCGGAUAAUCACCUUAUUCAUAGUUGUACAAUAUCUUUAGAGUUUAGACUUCUAUGUCCUAGAGGAUUGCACAUGUUUGAUAUCAGGUUGUUAUUUUGUGUAUAACUCAACAAAACAUGACUAUUAAUAUAGGUCCCCAUAUCAUCCUUUACGUUGACAUAUUCUAACUAAAAAAUUUGUGAAUAAUCUGAAAAUCAACAUAAAGAGAAAGACUUGUUCAUCACUUAAAAACGAACGAUCAAAAAGAAUAGGAAGCAGGGAUACAAUUUCAAACACUUUAUAAUACUACAGAAUCCGCAGAUCAUGUUUGAUUGCAUUGUUAAUUCGUGUAUAUCCUAAACAAAUAUGACUAAUAAUAUUGAGUCAACAGAUCAUCCUUUUACAUCGUCAUAUCCUAACAAAAAAAAUUUUGGAUAAUCCGAAGAGCAACAUAAACACAAAAACUCGUUCAUCACUUAAAACGACCAACAUAAAUAAUAGAGAAUCGGAAAUACAAAUUCAAACACUUUAAUACCAUCAUCAUGAAAUAAUGAAAGAAAUUUCCACCAUUAGGAAGCUAAUAUAAUUAACCAGCUUAUUUUCAAAAAAAAAAAAACAUACAAAUGGAAAGUUGGAAACUGAAAAUCCUGAAUUUAAGUAUUAUAUUAAAAACAAGAAUAUGGAAAGUCCAAAAAAUCCGACUUCACUUAUAAUAUAUAAAUCCCCACCUUUCCCCUUCCCCUUCUCCUUCAUCACACUUCACUCUCUCUUUACCUCUUCUCCAAUGGCUUCCUCUCCAAACGUCGCCGCCGCUCUCUUCCUCCUCCUCCUCAUCGCCCUCUUCUCCACCGCCGCUCACGGCCGUGAGAGCCACUUCUUCAGCAGAGUCGCUGCCAACACCAACCCCACUCCCACCACCGUCACCGUUUCUCCCGACUCCAAAACCCCCGCCGCCGCCAACAACGUAGAUCCUAACGCCGUCACCAACGGCCAGCAAUACCAACAGCAGCAGCAGCAGCCUUCCUUCGUCCAGGAAACGGAAAACAACGGCUACGGCAUCUACGGCCACCAGGCCCCCGAAGAAACGGCGUCGUUCGAUCAAACCGCGGCCACCACCAAGCUCACCUCUUCCCCGACCAAAAACUUCCGUCCCUAUAACCAACAGACCAAUAGCGACGAGACUUUCCGCUACGGAAAUGCUAACAACAACAACAACAACAACAACAACGAGAAGUACUACAACAACGACCGGUACUACGGCGAGAGCGGCUACAACGGCGACAACAACAACGACGAGUUCGCCGACGAGGAGCAGGAAAAGUUCGGCUACGAGAAGUCCGUCGCUAAUUCCGGCAGGGAGUUUGGAAAUCGUGGUUACGAAAACUCCCUCGUCGCUAAAGGGUACAAUUAUAACAACAACAACGGCAAGCAGCAGGGGCAGUUUGGAGAGACUAGCCUGCAACAGCAGGGUGAUAACACCGGCUACGAGACGGCCGCCGCGGCGGCGAAUUCCGGCAGGGAGUUUCGAAACGGCGGGUUCGAGAACUCUGCCGUCGCUAAAGGUUAUAACUACGACAACGAAAACAAUGGUGACGGGGUUGAGAGGCAGGGGAUGAGCGACACGAGGUACCUGGAAGGCGGGAAGUACUACGUGGAAGCGAAGAACCCGAAUCAAUACCAAGGGAUGAGCGGCAGCAGAAAUGAUUUCAAUUACAACAACAAUGUGAAGAAUGAUCAGAAUGGUUACUAUAGCAACGGAAUCAAUGGCGACCACGGCGGCUCGUACGAGUAUUAUGCCAAUCGCAUGAACAACAGGAACCAGAACCAGCAGCCAGAGUACUUCCAGGGGAACAACUACCAGAACCAGCAGUACGUGCCAUGAUGAUCAUUGUUGAUUAGAGUGUUGUUAUGGUUUCUUAAUUUAAGUUAAUUAAGCAUGUUCAUUAGCAAAGUUUGAGAGAUCAAAUUACUGCAAGUUAUCAGUAAGAAAGGAAUGAAGCUGAAUGCAUAUAAUGAUGGAGGUUAUGUUAUUUGGAUUGUGGUGUUUGAUCCCUUUUGUGACAUGGGUAUUAGUAUGAUUGUUCUGUUUCGAACGAUUUGUGUCGCUAAUUAACUAUGCUAUCGCGUCGAAUCCAGCACCUUGAAGUUACGACAUUGUUGUUCGUGGUACUAGGUAGCUUCUCUGUUGCAGCAAGAACAGAGUGGUGUGGGGGUUGAGUUUUAGUAACUCCAUUGCACGUAGAGUUGCAGAGAAUAAUAAGAGGCUGGGAAUGAAUUUGGCGUACCCUCGAAUUGCCCUGUUUUGGAGGGCAAACCAACUGUAAUCAAUUCAUUUCACUUGAGUUGUCCUUGUUUAAUUAUUGUGCUGGAAAAUUUAAAAUUUGCCAGCUACAUCCAGCUAUAUGAGUAAAAGAAAGUGACUAAGGUAAUUAUUGGUGCCACACAUUAUCUGUUUGAUUAUUGAUUUAGUAACUUCCACACACAGGGGUGAACAACUGAUUCAGAUAUAGGUUGUCGAAUACCGAUUCUAUCGAUCAAUAUUUCAGUCUCUGUAACAUUCUCUCCUUCGUAAAAAUGAGUCUAUAUAUAGUCGAUUAAACCCUUUUUACAUUGUAAAUUACAGUUACACUACUUAUGUGGAUUUAACAAUUAGAUAGAGACUCAACUAUGUAACUCAAGAAGUUAUAGCUUUGUGUUAUUGAGAGGAUUAUAAACCUUGAUUUAGAAGCUUGUGGGUAAAAGUCAAAAAAUUGAAGUUACCUCAAGAUUAAAAUGAUGAUGACACAUAAUAUGACUUUGAUGUAAUGAUCGCUAAUGAAAAGUGAAAGGCUAAUGUAAAGCAAUGGAAGAAAAGAAGGGUGGGAACAAAGGCCAUGUGCCCUACAAUCCAUCCCACUAUUAUAAAUUUAUAAUCAUCAACUCCACCAUACCCAUCACAAUUGGAAGUUCCAAUUUCUCCAACCCACUUCAAAAGUCACAACACAUCCCUAUCUCCCAAUCUUGUUAAAACAUCAAUAGGGUCCAUCAAGUCCUCCAACUUUACCUACCUCCCCAAAAACAACCCAAAAGACCCUUAAAUAUAAGACAAUGACCCUCAACUUGUUUUCAUCUUUUGGCCCAUACCAUGAGAGCUAGCUAGCUACAUAGCUUUUCCCUAAAUAGGAUGGCAAAAGGAUGGGAUACAUGGAGGAGAACUUGUCCUUUUCCAAAGGGUAUGUAGUUCCAUACAUUGAUCUCAAUUUGGGAAAUCUCUCUAGAUCAGGCUCCCAAUUUUCCACUACUAUACUUAUACAAAGUGAUGAUGAAGCUGAAACUAAACAGAUUGGAGAAUUGAAUAUAGCAUCAUGAUUGUGUACCAUUUAUUUGAUGAGGGUGACAUUGCCCUUAUCCCUAGUAAAGGGUACAACUACUAGAGAGAGUUGCCCGAUUGACAUUGCUCUCUGUGGGAUUUUGCUGUGUUGGGGAAGGGAAUAGGAUCAGUAAGUGCAGAGGGGGAAAGAGGGAUUAUGAGGCAACCACUAAUGUAUAAGGCCAUGUGCUGUCUUCGUUUUCACCAUUAAUGAAAACUACCCAAUUCCCACUUGGUUUCUGGUUGUGGAGAGAAAACCAUUCCCUUCUCAGUUUCUUAACAAACACUGAGACCAUCCAUUAACUCAUUAACCAAUUCUAUUUAGAGCAAAGGGUUGGGUAAUUGGUUGGAUGUGUUUUGUGAUGAUGUCGAUGUAAUUAGUAGUUUUCGAGCUUGUUAAAAUUGAUCUUAAAUCUGAAUAAGAGGCUACAUCAAAUAGACAUGCCAGACACUCAAUAACAUAGAUAUACUCGGACAUAUUUGUUUGGAGUAUAUCUAGACAAGAAAAAUACCAUGCCAAUUCUGAUACAGUACCUUAGGAAAAAUUCACGGAGUAUAACACAUCGAAAAUUAGUUUCGUGUGCACUGCAACACGAACUCUGACAAAAGUUUAGCCUAUCUCCUAACACAGAUUGCAAAUAAGUGUACACCGCCAUAGUCGGUAAAUAGUAUGGAAAACUACCAUUACAUUAUCUCUGCAUGCACUCUUUUCACUUCUCCUCCCUCUAAGAUCACUUAAACUUCCAAACUCUACCUUAAACAGAGUGCCGACAUAUGCACAGUACGUAAACCUUAAUGUCUUCCUAUACACGACUACUGGUCUGUGGUCCGAAUCUCACUCCAUUUUCCCUCAAAUUUCUGCACUCUAGUUGGACAAAUCAACAGUACUAUUCUCGACACUCUAACCUCUGUUUCGAGAUGGCAGUCCCAAUCCUCCUUCCCAUAUCCAUUCAACAUAGAAUUCCCAUAAAAAUGUCCACCUCUGCCGCUGCUCUGUUCUUUCACCUAAUUACACGACUUGUACACUAACUUUUUAGGGUUCGUUUGGAAGUUGUGAUUGUUAAAUAGAUGUAUUGUUGAGAAUGCAUAUAUAAUAUUAUACAUGUAUUGUCAAAUUUGAUACAUUGUAGAAUACAAUGUUUGGUAUGUGUGAUUGUGUAUGUCGCAUCAGCUAAAAGCUGAGACAAAACAAUCUCAACUCAACAAUCUCAACAAUCACAACUAAAAGUUGAGAUAUAACAAUCACUCAAAAUGAGUGAUAGUUUCUGUCACAUCACAGAAACAAUCCAUAUAUUGUUUCUGCUAAAAAACAAAAACAAAAAACGAUGCAUUGUAAACAAUACAUGCAUAAUGACAAUCUCAACAAAACAAUCGCAACUUCCAAACGACCCCUAAGAGAAAGGUGGAGAACAUGCAUACACCAAUCACUCCCCCACCCCACCCACAUGCGUAGAAACCAGAGCUAGCUAGCAACAUCGAGAAACCCGCAAGUUCGUUAUUACGGGUAUCUUCUACAGAAGAUCGGACUAAUGACGUUUGGUACAAUAUGCAAAGGCGUAGUAGUUAUUCAGUUAGCACGCUUCCCACUGCUUGAGUAGCCCGCAAAGUUCGUUGUUACGAGUAGCUCCUACCAAAAAAAUUGUACUAAUAAGGUUCGGUACACUUCCGUGAAUGGUGGGUGGGGUCUGACUUAAUCAUAAUCUUUGCCCUAAUUCGAUUUCAAGAACAGUGGGAAGAAGUCAACAAUGGCGAGGAGAGGACUCUGUUUUCUCUAACCAAAUCGUUUGACUUGCUGCACAUUUUGCAGAUGCUGAAAACAUCUUAUUUUGUAAUACCUCUUAUGCUGCAAGAACCCGACCCGAGUACUGAUCCAUACCCGGGAAGAGAAACUUAGGAAGGGAUCGUUUGGUUGGAUCGAGUUGCAGUUGGCAAGGAGAGAGAGAGAAAGAGAGUACCGAAGCUUUGAACCAGGGACCAUGUGGCUGUGUGGAAGAACACACAAGCCACAACAGCCAAGGGAAGCUUGGUGCUCCAAGUUUGCUCAGAAUAGUUAUAAACUGCCCAACUCUUUCUAUCUCUUUGUAAGCAGUAUUCUCAACCGAUUGGGCUAAGGCCCAUGUUUAAAUCGAAAGAGUACCUGGGCUUUUUUUUUUUUUUAGUAAAUGGAUCAAGCAGCCGAUUGAUAAUGAAAAAUUUUACAAUGC